GAGAGCAGCCCUUCAUGGGUUAGUUAGUUCCUGCUUUUAUUUCAGUGACAUUUUGCCGGACUGCCAAGAGUGUUUCUAAAACUUUUCCACUGUGAGACACAGCAAGUACGUUUACAGAGGCCGUCAGCGUAAAAUUAUUGUUCUGUUCACUUCUAGCAGGAAAGAGACUGCAACCAUCAAGAACCAGAAGAAGAAAAAUGACCAUCCAUUCCUUCAAUCUUUUUUUUAUUUGGCUGCUGCCAGUGACAGCAGGGGGUGCCCUGACAACUCCGCAUCACAAUUUCACUGAUGUGACGACUGGCAAUGUAACUGCAAAUCAGUUUGAGACGAGCCGUGCAACAACACAGGAGACAUCCAGUUCGAAUGUGCUCAUUAUCACACCAUCCAUUACAGUUCCAACAGAGGUACGGAGUAAACCUCUCCUGAAAAUGGCCCAAACCCAAACAGCAAACCCAACAAAUUCCACAUGGUCUCAGUUAAAAUCCUCACCAACUGAGGUAAUGUCCACAACAGACGGGCAAUUUCAAGUCCCAAAAUCAACAACUGUAACUGUUGUAACCAAUAGAGCCAGCAACCCAACCUCAACUACAAUACCACCAGCAUCAAGCAGCUUCACCCAAAGCCAGAGCACGGGAAGCACAAUCAAGGGCGAGGAAAAUACCCAUGGAUCUACACAGCUCACCUCUACUCUAGCCACAAGUGCAGUCACAGAUGGUGACCCUAUAAAGCCUUCAAGUUCAUACAGACCGUCACCUGCUGCAACAAAGAUAUCAAUUAUACACAUCCUCAGCACAAAGAAAAGUACAACAACAAAGUCCAGUAAGGGGACAAACCACACCAACGCAGUGGCAGGCAUCAUAGGUGGAGCCCUGGUACUGAUGAUGGUAGGAUUCCUGGUCAUCUUCAUAAAGAAGCAUCGUGAUCAGAAGCAUCAGAUGACAACUACAGACUGGGCUGGGCCAACACCAUUUCUACAGGAUGGAGUGGACACUGGCAACGUAGAGCUGAGGUCAACUAACCACAUUUUUAUGAGCAGCUUCCUGCCUCAGAGGCUGUCUAAAAGGCUCUCCAUGUUCACGCAAACACAGCAGGAGUUAGAGGACAUGACACCAGGAACAUUUGGAGAUAAGCACCAAGGGGAUACAUCCUUUCACCAGGUGGAUGGGUGUGAAGUAAAAGAAAGUAAAGAGACUGCUGCACCUUCAGUUCUGGAAAUAAAAAGCACAGAAGAUGUAGCAGAGACUGUCCCAGUGCCCUCUUCUCAAACAAACAGCCAGGUUUGAUAACCACUUAAUAUCAGCAACACAGUCUCCUGGAUCAAAUGUUGCACUUAUAGCUUUCCAUAGAUGCUUGUGAGUUCACGUUACUGAAACAAAGUGACGUUAAUGAUUUACAUAUUGACAGACGUGCAUCACUGAGAUAAUAGGUUUUAACCUCUUGUGAGGUUUUUGGUAGACAUUCGGAAAGGAGGGUGAUGAUAAACGUAGGUAUCUUUGCACAAGUGUAUAACUGCUUACAAAGUUUUUGUGGAGAACCUUUUAUAUGUACUUUAGGCAAGGUGCUUGCUUCCUGGAGGCUGCCAUCUUGUGCCACCAUGUUUCUACAGCAGACAAGUCAGCCAGAGUGUGUGUUUACAGAAACUUACAGUGCAAACGAAGACAUCCUUUUAGGUGUGUGAAGGCCAGUAUAGUUACACAACAUAGCAACCUUUCAUACACAGCGUUUGGUCUAAACCUCAUAUUUAGCUGCUUGGCAGACAUCUGUAAGUCUGACUGAUAAAUAUUGCCUCAAACAACAAAUGUUAAACAGCAGCUAAUAAACAGAACAUACAAAAUCAACAUUUCCAUGGUUUGCAGAAAAGUGGGAUGGCAAAAGUU